CCGCUCUUGUUUCCAGUAUCUAAGACGGUUGUUGGGUUUUUCUGUAGGACGCUCCAUUCGGCUGUUGCCUUUUGUCGUUUUAAAACAGCUUGUGACGCAAUAUAGCUGUUACUGACUCCUUCCCUUCCCCCCGUGGGCUAUUCCGGAUAGGAAAACAGCCUCCCUCCACUCUGCCCAUCGUCUAAUCUCCAAGCAGGCGGCUACAAAAUGGAUAUAGUAAAUCAGUUGGUUGCCUCUGGGCAGUUCAGGAUCCUCAAAGUGCCCUUGGGGUUCAUGAAAGCCCUGGAAUGGGUGUUUUCGAUCUUUGCUUUUGCCACAUGUGGCAGUUACUCUGGGAUGUUUAAAAUGAGUGUGGAGUGUAAGAACAGGACUGAGAGUGACCUCAGCAUCGAAGUGGAGUUUGAGUACCCAUUCAGGCUCCACCAAGUGUAUUUUGAUGCCCCAACCUGCAAAGGAGGCCCACCGGAGCGCCUGUUCCUCGUGGGUGAUUACUCAUCCUCAGCAGAGUUUUUUGUCACCAUUGGUGUGUUCGCCUUCCUGUACUCAAUGGCCGCCUUGGCGAUUUACAUCUUCAUGUUUGAGAAGUACCGUGAGAACAACAAGGGACCUUUGAUCGACUUCGGAGUGACCUGCGUAUUUACAUUCAUGUGGCUGGUGAGUUCAGCAGCCUGGGCCAAAGGCCUCUCUGAUGUCAAGACAGCCACUGACCCUGAGCGAGUCGUCACUCUAAUUUCUGCCUGCGAAAAAGAAGAGAAUCGCUGCCGUGAGGUGCAUGACCCUGUCAUGUCAGGCCUCAACACCUCUGUAGUGUUUGGCUUCCUGAACUUGAUUCUCUGGGGAGGAAACCUUUGGUUUGUGUUCAAGGAAACAGGAAUUAUUGCCCCCUUUAUGCGCCAACCCCCAGCCCAGGAGAAACAGCCGGCCCCUGAAUCUUUUGGCCAACAGGGAGGAGGAUACGACCAAGAUGGCUAUUCCCAUCAGGAUCCCUACGCUGGCUCCCAGGGAGGAUACCAGCCCGAGUACAACCAGCAAGGCUACACUCAGGGUGGGGACUACGGACAAGGAGGGUAUGGCCAGCAGGGGGCGCCAACCUCCUUUGCCAACAAGAUGUGAGCAGUGCAGCAACCCGUGGCUGAAGGAGCUGACAGUGUGAUUCGAGGAGUGUGUUGCCCGAACCUUACCCAUAAUUCCACACUCCUAUCUGUUUGUCUAUAUUUGCUUUUUUUGUUGACAUAAAGAGGAAGGGAGGGAGGGAGGGAGAAAGGGUGGGGGCUGAGAACAUACACCUGAGGGAUAGAGGAUUGGAAGAGUAAAUGUGUUUUCUUUGUGCUUUCUUAUUGUGGUGUAUUCACGUGGAAAAAUAUAUACAUUUUAAAAAAUGGUAAAAUAACCUAAAUACUGAGAUAUUAUGGAUGAGAAAGGUAUUAAUAAUGAUAAUUGUUAAAUACUCAUAAUAAUAAACAGUUAAAUGACUAUUGGGAACUUUACCUGUACUUUACGCUGGUAAUAACUUCACUAAUUUGCACUUCUUGUUCCAUAUGUUUUAUUUUUCUUUUCUCUUUGUUUAUUCUAAGAUCAGAUUCAUUUUCAAAAGGAAAAAUGUGUCUAUUGUCCAGCUGCUUUUUUAUAUUAAUAUUAUGUUAUCUGAUAAGAGUAUGUUUACCAUGACUAACAUGAAUUUGCAAUAUGCUGCAUUUAUUAGGACUGCAUAGUACCUUUGAUUUUUGACUUCAGUUUUUACAUUUAUAGUUUUAGCUUUUUUACACCAUGACUUCUGGUUUAUUUGUUGCGUUGUGUGAGCAUCAGAUGUAAAUCAUGUCUGUUAAAAUGGCGUUUAAAUAAUACUCAUACCUGUACUCUCACAUGCAGAGAUGCACAAAUUCGCUUUAUGUGAAUUUUAAAUCCUUACUGCAGUAUUUGAACAUUGGAUGUGCAGCAGAAUGAGACACAUAGAACUCACAUGCACAUACUUCUGAAAUGACAGAUCAUGAUUAAAAUGUUAUGAAAUCUGAUCCAGUUAAUUUUUCUUGUCCAGAGGUCUGUCAUUUUAGUAACAUGUACUAUGGCUGUGUGGUUCCUUUGAGUAAGAAGUGUGGCCAGUGCAUGCAUAGUCAGUUGGACUACAUAAAUUGUAUAUAAAAAACUUUUAAUGUAUGUAGUAAUAAAUAUAUUUCUAUUUUCUAUCAUUUUAAUGUUAUGAUUGCCAGAUCAGGCCUGGAGUUGCAAUACUAAGAUACUGUAGUCUUUCUACAUGAGGUUGGUUGGUACAUAGCCUUAAACAUUGCAUGGACAGUCAAAAAAUCUUCACCGCAAAAGUGUAAAAUAUUAUUUACAUAAAUACAUAUAAGUAAAUAUUUACUUUAAAUCAGUAAUCAAUGCUGCAUAUCAUUACUGCAGUCUAAGUGCAUAAAACUAAUAAUUUAUUUCACCAUUUUGAUUAUUGAAGCUCACACUUACUGUCUUACUAAGUCUUACGCUGCAUUACAAAGAUUGUUGGACUGGUCCAUGUAUAUUUUUUAAAUCAAUAUAUUGUUGCUGACUAAAUUACCAUCUAAUAUAUGCCCCCUGCUUUGCUAUGUUCUGUAAGUAUGACCAUACUGUGCACCAGGUGUCAGACAUUGAAAAGAGUGUGAUUAGGAUCCAGUGUACAGAACCUUAUAGACUACCAGCAGCGUUGCAAUCACCUUCUAAAGAUUUACACAUUAACUAGAUUAUAUAUGUUUGUAUUGCCACUCUUAUUAUUCUGGAUUCUAGAUAAAAGUUGUCGUAGUGAGCAUACAUGUUUCAGUGCAUGAUGGGAUUGACAUCACUAUGGCCACAGAUUCAGAGUGAUAUAAACAACAUUUUUAAUGCACACUUCUGCUUCUGGCAAAUCAAGGUUUUAUAUUUUGGGAGGGCUGGGCUUUCUGUAUGCAUUUCCUUCUCUCUUUAUUCUUCUCUCCCUCCUUUCAAUCUCUUACUGAUAUGCUAUUCAAUUACUCUGUUGUUAGUGGUGUAUGGUAUGUCUUGUGAUCCUCUCAAUGCCUCUGGGUAGUGCUGUAUUUCUUGUGUAUGAUAUAUUCUUAGAAUUAAUGAUGAUGAUUACAAUGACUAUGAUGACGAUGAUGAUGACAAUGAUUAUGACCAUAAAAAAAACUCACAGUUUUGUUGUAUUAUGGAAUUCAUGUUGAAAAAAAAAAUAAAUAUUUAGUCUGUUGAUAUUUAA